GAGAGAUGUUUCGUCAUGAUCGUGUUGGAGCCUGAUAUCGACCACUGUUGUCAUUGGGAGAAGCCCUGUUUUGCCGCCCCCCCUCCCUCGCUGGGCCCCCGUGUAGAGCCGCCUUGCAGAGUUGAGUCGGGCUGGGAGAGGAAUGCGCUGGGAUGCGGAGCAGCACCGACUGUAGGAAAUCGACGCCACAACUCGCACAGUAUGGACAGUAAUGAUCCGUAUUUACACCUCAACUCUACAGGGCCAAUGAGCACAGCCCACACUCACCACUCUCACAUGGGUGGCAUGGUGGGCCACCCAUCAGUCAUCAGCAGCUCCAGGCCCUUACCGUCCCCCAUGUCCACCCUGGGCUCGCCAAUGAAUGGCCUGGCCUCGCCCUACCCCGUCAUCACAUCUUCUCUUGGCUCGCCUUCUGUAUCGCUGCCGUCCACACCCAACAUGAACUUUGGACCACUCAGCAGUCCACAGAUGAAUUCUAUGAACAGUGUUAGCAGCUCCGAGGACAUCAAGCCUCCACCGGGUCUACAGAAUCUGGGAAACAUCAACUACCAGUGUACAAGCCCCGGGGGAAUGUCAAAGCACAUCUGCUCCAUUUGCGGGGACCGCUCCUCAGGGAAGCACUAUGGUGUGUACAGCUGUGAGGGAUGUAAAGGUUUCUUUAAGAGGACUGUCCGGAAAGAUCUUACCUACACAUGUCGAGACAGCAAGGAGUGCCUGAUUGACAAGCGCCAGCGAAACCGCUGCCAAUACUGUCGCUACCAGAAGUGCCUGGCCAUGGGCAUGAAGAGAGAAGGUGUGUGUUCAGCGGUGCAGGAAGAGAGGCAACGUGGGAAGGAGCGGGGGGAAAGCGAGGUGGAAUCUACCAGCAGUUUCAAUGAGGAAAUGCCUGUGGACAAGAUCCUGGAUGCUGAGCUGGCUGUGGAGCCCAAAACAGAGACGUACAGUGACGGCAGCCCCAGCAACUCAACCAACGACCCAGUCACCAAUAUAUGUCAAGCAGCAGACAAGCAGCUCUUCACCUUGGUGGAGUGGGCCAAAAGGAUCCCACACUUCUCCGAACUCCCCCUCGAUGACCAGGUCAUCCUAUUACGAGCAGAGUCCUGACAGAGUUGGUAUCUAAAAUGAAAGAUAUGCAGAUGGAUAAGACAGAGCUCGGCUGCCUGCGAGCCAUCGUCCUCUUCAACCCAGAUGCAAAAGGUCUUUCAAACCCACCAGAGGUUGAGGGGCUGAGGGAAAAAGUUUAUGCCUCAUUGGAAUCGUACACAAAACAGAAAUACCCAGACCAGCCUGGAAGGUUUGCCAAGCUGCUACUCCGCCUGCCCGCCCUGCGCUCCAUCGGCCUCAAGUGUCUGGAGCAUCUGUUCUUCUUCAAGCUGAUCGGGGACACGCCUAUCGACACCUUCCUGAUGGAGAUGCUGGAGGCUCCGCAUCAGAUCACAUGACACCAGUCCCCCCCUUCCCCCUGUAUAUACUCCCACGUUGUCAGCAAUAUGAAGAUGGAAUAAAAAAAGACUUGAUUCAAAUUGUAAAACAGCAUAUUUUGUACCUAGCAAAACAUUGUAAUUAAAAUUGAAUAAAAAGUAUUUUGAGGUUGUGGGGCCGGGUGGAGUCGUGAGACGGAGGAUCGAGUACACUGUCAAAAUGAAUUCUAAUAGAAUUGUUAACAGAUUACUUUUGUAAAUAGAUAAUUUCAGGUGUCCGUUUUAAAAGCAACCCAAUGCAAUUUGAAAAAGCAUCAUAUUUUAUUCAAAGAGGAAUUGUAUAAAAAAAAGAAACCAUCCUUGAAUUUCUUAAAACACAUUUGAGAAUUCUUACAGAAUAAAGUUAUUUAAAAAUGUA